AUGUCUAUGAGUGAUAUAUACUGUGCAGAUGAGGAACUCUACGACUCGCUCAGCUCUUUUUCUUCAGCUCUUGGAAAAACAGCGAAACACGGGAAAAAUGCCAACAGGGAGGAAAUCAUAGAACUGAUAUGCUCUCUCGAUUCUCUCCUCAGUCGCAUUCAGCAGAGUGAAUUUCAUAAACAUCAUCUUUCUUCGUUGCAAGUAGCGCGGGAACUUCUAGAAGCCACACUUCAUCAGCAUGAUAGAAACUUGACGUCCGAUUCUGAUCAAAAAAUUGAAGCAGGCAGCAUGAAAAGUGACGUUCUUAUGGAACAAAAGGAUUUUCAUAAUUCUCAGAACACGAGUACUGGUUCAUCGAGGAUGUCUCCCUCUUUGGCCGAUUCAAAUAACAAUAGCUCCAGAAAAGAAGAGGAGCUGGACAAUUUUGCCGCUAGUCGCAGGCAAGCUAUAGAGUCCACUAUUCUGCGGGAUCUUGAUAAUAUUCCGAAAUUCAGUGAUAUUGCUGGUCUUGCUGAGGCGAAAUCUGCUCUUUUCGAAGCAUUGGUAGAUCCAUUUCAAUACCCAGAAUGGUUCAAAUCUUCUGAUUUAAAACCGUGGAAAGCCGUGUUACUGUAUGGGCCGCCAGGAACUGGAAAAUCUGUACUUUCACAAGCCAUCGUGCGAGAGAGCAACUCAUUAUUGUAUCAGGUUUCCUCUUCGGAUCUUAUUUCAACCUGGAGCGGGCAAUCCGAAAGGCUUAUUCGAGAGCUCUUUGAUCAUGCUAUUGCUCAAAAGAAAACCGCUGUAAUAUUCAUAGAUGAAGUGGACAGCCUAUGCAAAACGCGAUCAGCGGGCGAGGAUGAUGCCAAUAGAAGAGUGAAGACAGAACUUCUCGUACAACUCCAGCGUCUGCAGUCUACGUCGAACAUUGUUUUGGUAUGUGCUACAAAUUGUCCGUGGGAUCUCGAUCCAGCUUUUCUGAGGAGAUUUGAGAAGAAAAUCUACGUGGGCCUUCCAGAUUUUGAGGCAAGACUGGCUAUGAUAACUCAACGACUUUCGAACACAACUAUGGAGUCCGUCGUUUCUAAGGAAUGGAUUGCCGACAUGACAAAUGGCUUCAGCGGAGACGAUAUUCGAAGAUUUGCCAGUGAACUAGCAUAUACUCAGUUUCGAUAUUACAAAGAAAGCAUGCAACACAAUGCCGGUAACAAUUUCCGUCGACCUCUUUCGCGUCAAGACAUCGAAACUGUACUGGCUUCAUUUUCUCCAUCUGUAAAUGAACAUCAUCUGGCUCGCUUUGAAGAGUACAGAAAUAAGUAA